CUAUUCCGCCGGUAUCAGUCUUUACCGAGAGCAGAACGCGGCCAUACUUUCAAUACCGUCGUACCGAUUUCUCAGAGUGAAAAAAGAGUUCCGUAAGAUUGAUCCAAGAAAAAAACGAGAAUUAAAUAACAGACAUGAGGCUGAACUCCGUCAUCCCCAACUUCAAGGCCCAAACCACCCAGGGACCGAUAGAUUUCUACAAAUGGCAGGGAAACUCGUGGGUGGUCCUGUUUUCUCACCCGGCUGACUUCACGCCGGUUUGCACAACGGAGCUGGGACGAAUCGCGGUUCACGCUCCGGAAUUCGCAAAGCGAAACACGAAAGUGCUCGGACUUUCCUGCGACAAGCUCCAGGACCACGUCGACUGGGUGAACGACAUUAAGUCCUACUGCCAGGACAUCCCCGGGGACUUUCCUUAUCCCAUUAUAUCCGAUCCCGAUCGCACCCUCGCGGUACAGCUGGACAUGAUCGACGAGGAGAACCGGAAGAAUCCCGAUUUUGCGCAGACGGUCAGAGCGCUUUACGUUAUCAGCCCUGAUCAUCGUCUUCGCCUGGCGAUGAUCUACCCGACUUCGACUGGACGCAACGUCGAUGAAAUUCUCAGAGUCAUUGAUUCCCUCCAGCUGGUCGAUCGCAUCCCAGAAAUUGCAACACCAGCCAACUGGGUGCCUGGAGACAAGGUAAUGAUUCUUCCGACGGUAAAAGAUGCGGAUAUCCCAAAACUGUUCCCCGGCGGAGUCGACAAAGUGAGCAUGCCUUCCGGUAAAGUUUACGUCCGCACAACAACCGACUACUGAUUCAUUCUACACGGAUUAAUCACGCGCAAAUAUACCGCACGCUGAUUGUUAAUUCGAAACUGUUUUAUAUGUACGUUGAUACAAUAAACGUAGAAUCUAGAGCUGA